GGUCCCAGCAGCCAUACCCCCACCGCCACUGCCGUCCCGCUGUUGCAGCCAUGGCCGGGAGCUUUAACGUCCCCCACAAGACCGCGCUGCCCGAGGGCAUCCGAGUGGGCACUGUGUUGAGAAUUCGUGGUUUAGUCCCCGACAAGGCUGGCAGGUUCUACGUGAACCUGCUGUGCAGUGAGGAACCAGGCAGUGAUGCCGCCCUGCAUUUCAACCCCCGCCUGGACGAGUCCACGGUGGUCUUCAACACCCUGGAGCGCGGCACCUGGGGUGCAGAGGAGCGGGGCUCAGGCAUUCCCUUCCAGCGAGGGCAGCCCUUCGACGUCCUCCUCAUUGCCACCGAAGAAGGCUUCAAGGCGGUGAUAGCAGAUUCUGAAUACCACCACUUCCGGUACCGGAUCCCGCCAGGGCGCGUGCGCGCGUUGGAGGUGGGCGGGGACCUGCAGCUGGAGUUGGUGAAGAUCUUCUGAGCCUUCCCAGGAGGGCGGGCGGAGACCGAGGGGCAGGGGUCUUGGAUGGCAAAUAAAGUCGUUAG